CUGAAACCCUUGCAACCCUCCUCCUCUUUGGUUUUUUGGUGAACUGCAAUAAUGGCGAGUUACGGAAAGUUACCGUGCCCUAUUGAGGCUACUACUAACUGCAAGGAUCCUGCUUGUGAUGGUAUUGUCUUAGUAGCGAGUAGUUUAGACAAACUGACUGGAUGUCUGGAGUCUUAUAAAACUGCUCUUCACUCUCAGCUGAAGGUGGAUAAAUCCUUGGGUCAGUCUGUCUCCUUGAUUGCCUUACCCGUUGACCCUCCUAAAGCGUUGAUCUUUUCUCCUACUGGUCCAGUCAAUCGAGACUACGAUGACGUUAGACGUUUUGCUGAUGCUGGUGGAGCUGGUAUCCAACGUGCCAUCCAAGCUGGAUGUCAGACACCACUCUUAGUAUGUGCUCCUGAUGAUGUCUUCCCUAAGACCAGUCUAACUGCAUUACUGGGUGCUUUGCAAAAGCUCUAUGUGCCUUUUGAGAUAAGAGAAGAUGUUCCAAGCAAGUCGCAAAAAGUAAAGAAACUUCUUGUGUGGUGUGCUGAUGAAGCAUCUAAAGUGACAAUGAUGAAACAGGCAGUGGCCAUAGAGAGUGGAAGGCUUGUGGCUCGUGACAUUGGUGGAUCUGAUCCAGAACGAAUGGCUGCUCCUAAGGUUGCUAACUACAUGGUGGAACUCUUUAAGAACUCUGCUAAUGUCAAGGUUGGAGUCAUUGCAGAUGAUAGUGCCCUUCUUGAAGCUUAUCCAUUAUUCUCAGCUGUCAAUCGUUGUGCUAAGCUUGUUGGACGUCAUCAAGGGCGUAUUAUUAAGCUAGAGUACAAUGGCGAAGGGGCUGUCAAGACAACUCUAAUGCUCGUUGGCAAGGGUGUGACGUACGAUACUGGUGGAGCUGAUAUCAAAGCUGGUGGAGUCAUGGCUGGUAUGCACAGAGAUAAGUGUGGAGCAGCAACCGUUGCAGGAUUCUUCCAAACUCUGGAUCUCUUGAAACCUAAAAACAUCCGAGUUGUUGGAACUAUGGCUAUGGUCCGUAACAGUGUAGGAGUAGAGAGCUAUGUGUCUGAUGAGAUCAUCACAUCCCGAGCUGGUAAACGUGUGCGUGUUGGUAACACAGAUGCUGAAGGGCGUAUGGCUAUGGCAGACUGUCUCUGUGAAAUGAAAGAACAGGCGCCAUCCGAAACCAACCCUCAUCUGUUUACCAUAGCAACAUUGACUGGACAUGCCAUACGUGCAAUGGGACCAGCCUACACCAUUGUUCUUGAUAAUGGCCCUGCCCAGAAGGAAUCCCACGCCAAGACUUUGCAAGCUGCUGGUGAUGUGAUGGGAGAUCCAUUUGAGAUUUCAACCCUUCGCAGAGAGGAUUAUGAGUUCCAUAAAGGCAAGUCUGAGUACGAGGACAUUCUACAGGCUAACAAUCUUCCAUCUACAGCUACUGCACGUGGUCAUCAAUCACCGGCUGCAUUUCUUAUCAUGGCAUCUGGAUUGGAUGGGCAUGGAAUUGACUCCAAAGUGCCCUUGAAGUACUCACAUCUUGACAUAGCAGGAUCCUCCGGUCCGUUUCCUGGGGUACCCACUGGCGCCCCUAUCCCAGCACUCACCCUAAAAUACCUACUAUCCUAGAUAAGAGGUUUAUCCUUUGGGGUACCCAUUGGUACCAACUUGGACUAAAGGUGUCAGCUUGACAUAGCAGGAUCAUCCGGUCUGUUUCCUGGGGUACCCACUGGCGCCCCUAUCCCAGCACUCACCCUAAAAUACCUACUAUCCUAGAUAAGAGGUUUAUCCUUUGAGGUACCCACUGGUACCAACUUGGACUAAAGGUGUCAGCUUGACAUAGCAGGAUCAUCCGGUCUGUUUCCUGGGGUACCCACUGGCGCCCCUAUCCCAGCACUCACCCUAAAAUACCUACUAUCCUAGAUAAGAGGUUUAUCCUUUGAGGUACCCACUGGUACCAACUUGGACUAAAGGUGUCACCUUGACAUAGCAGGAUCCUCCUGUCCGUUUCCUGGGGUACCCACUGGCGCCCCUAUCCCAGCACUCACCCUAAAAUACCUACUAUCCUAGAUAAGAGGUUUAUCCUUUGAGGUACCCACUGGUACCAACUUGGACUAAAGGUGUCACCUUGACAUAGCAGGAUCAUCUGGUCCUUUCCCUGGGGUACCCACUGGCGCCCCUAUCCCAGCACUCACCCUGAAAUACCCGCUGUGACCUGAGGUCUUACCUUGACAUAGCAGGAUAGGUCCCAUCCUUGGGAUAGGUUCCAUCCUUGGGAUACCCACUCACCCUGAUAUACCUAUUAUCCUAGAUAAGAGGUUACCCACUGUGACCCGAGGUCUUACCUUGACAUAGCAGGAUAGGUCCCAUCCUUGGGAUAGGUCCCAUCCUUAUACCCACUCACCCUGAUAUACCUAUUAUCCUAGAUAAGAGGUUUUAUGUCUUGCCCUGACCUAGUAUGAUCGUCAUUUCCAUUCCAUUGGGCACCCAACAACCCAUACUCCAGAUUUCUCCUGACUAGCUGUAAGUCAUUAUUGUUUUUGGACUAAAUAUAUUUACGUGGUCCGUAAAAGCAUGGUAAAUUUCAUUAUUAUUAUUAUUAUUAUACUAUAAUAUAUAAUGUUGAUAAUUAAUUGUAAAGACCUAAACAUGGCUUUAUCCAAACAUUCUGUUAACUGGUUCAUGCUAUAAUAGAUGUUAAAUUUGCAUCGGGGAUAAAGAAUAUUAAUUUUUGUUUUUUUACCCAUACACCGAUGUGUGCUACAUGUAGCACUGUAUACUUACUAUACUCAGUGGUUUAUGCUAAUUAAGGUUGCAUUGAGCUUUACCUCAAUGGUAAUUCACAGUAGGUAAUGUAAGUAUAUGUAAACGAAUUCUAACAUUAAAUGUUUUUAAAACAUAAAAAAGAAACACAUACAAGACUUCUCUAAGAAAAUAAAUUAAUGCAAAAGUGAAAAUGAAAACGACGUUUUUUAGUGACGGAGAAACUAGAUAUUCUUGACAAAACAUUCUUGGUUUUCAGCAGAGUGUAACAGAAGCUUUCGUAGUUAAACUAUUUGAGUAUCUAACUUGCACGUUCUCUUGAAUGCCUGAUUUUUUCCUCCUUCUUCUUCUUCUUUCCUUUUUAUCAAUAAGGAAUAUUUCUUGAAGUGGUCACAGUCAAUAUCCUACUGCCCGAUAACAUGAUACACAAAACCUUUCCAUCGAAGAAACUUUUCUCACUGUUCAAACAAAAUUUCAUCCCAGAUGAAGAAGCGGGAAAAGGGAGUUCAAAACAAGAUUCUUUGACAUUUCUCCACGAAGACUUUGCUUUUAACUUCAUUAUAAGGUUUUGAUGUCGUCAUAUACAAUGCCUCUUUUGAAUAUUUUGUUUAAGCAUCAAGGGAUAUAAUGUUACUGCGAUUAUUCCGUCAGCGUGGAUCGCAGAUUACGUACUUGAGUUUCAAAUAACAAUCUCGCGGGGAUGUCUAGCACUUUAGAUAUUGAAGCAGUAAAGAGAUACAUUUGGACGAAGAAUGACGAAUAUUUUCUGCCGAUUUCUUACUUUUAUAUGUCGUUCCAUUCCGUAGAUCCGUUUUAUACAUGAGUUUCUGUGAAAUAAAACAAGAGUUUCUGUGAAUGCUCGAUGUAGAAGUAGGAUUUUAAGAAAUAUACUUCAAUGGUCUGUUGUGUUACUGAUUGAUAUGACUCUCGUCUUAGAACCAUGAAAUAAAUUUAUUGCAAUCUGUCAUUUUCGGCAAGUGUUUGAAUACAUGUAUUAACAUUGGAUUUUGUUGUGUUCCUGUAAAAACCAAUCUCUGCAAUAAAUGCACUUCUCACAAAUCAA